AUGAAUCAUGAUAUGCGAAAGAAGAUAAUAUUAAAACAGCUUAAGGCAUGUGAAAAUGGUCGUGGAGCUGUCCUAUUAUCAGUUGUCCGUGGUCGAGUAUCUGAGGGUAUUGAUUUUGACCAUCAUCUUGGUCGUUGUGUUAUUAUGUUCGGUGUACCGUAUGUUUAUACGCAAAGUCGAAUAUUUAAGGCACGUUUAGAUUUUCUUCGUGAACAGUAUAAUAUACGACCGAAUGAAUUUAUCACCUUCGAUGCAAUGCGUCAUGCUGCUCAGUGUUUAGGACGUGCUAUUCGCGGUAAAUCAGAUUACGGUAUUAUGGUGUUAGCUGAUAAGCGUUAUGCACGCGCUGAUAAACGCUUUAAACUACCCGGUUGGAUACAAUCUCAGCUACAAGAUGCAUUUGUUAAUUUAUCUAUUGAAGAAGCAGUACAAGCCUCACGUCGAUUUUUACGUCUAAUGGGUCAACCAUUCAAUAAAGAAGAUCAAUUAGGCUUAGCACUAUUGACACGUGAACAUAUCGCCAAGAUUGUUGCACAAAAUCAAACAGCUUCAGCUAUAUCAAGUGGAAAGUUUAGUAUACAACAAUCGAACACUUCGACUAAUGGUGGUCAUGAUCAAAGCAGUUUAUCAACAGCACAACAAUCACGAAUUGUAACCACAGCAACAACAUUUAGAUAA